CAAUUGCAAAUGUCAACAAGAGAAAAAUCGACGACGAGAGAAGGCAAAAAUUUGUCAACAGUUUUAGUAAUUUGCAGUAUUGCUCACUAUUAUUUGCAACAAAAAUAGUGUUUAGUCAAUCGCUUCGCGCUCCAGUAGCUGCUUUAGCAGUAGAAGUUCGAGACAAUGGCUGGAAAUGUAGUGAGAAUGUCCCAGCCCGGAACACCAGCCACAACUCAACCUAGCUACAUGAAAGUGUUCAUUCAACGAGAUUACAGCGAAGGCACCUCCGUCAAGUUUCAAACCAGAUUCCCACCGGAGCUGGAAAGUCGGAUCGAUCGGCAUACGUUUGAGAGCACGAUGAACAAACUGAACGAAUAUUUCGUCGAGGCUGAGAAAGGUUCCUGCAGUACGUACUGCGAGGGAUGUCUGGCAUGUAUCACCGCCUACCUGAUCUACAUAUGCACCGAAACGCACUACGAAAAGUGUUUACGCAAGGUGUCCAAGUACAUCGCGAUGCAGAACGAGCGUGUCUACAAUCCAAAAGGACUGCAGAUCACCGAUCCGGUCUGUCGUGGUCUGCGAGUCAUAGAGAUCUCGAUAUUGGAUCGUCCCGGGCGCACGUGACUGCCGCUGUCGCAUUCCACUGAGGAAUUCUUUAUGUAAUCAUGGAGAAAACUGAAAUGCAUUGAUACAAACAAAAAACGACAAAACUAGCAGCAUUAUUUAAAAAAAAACAAAAUAACGUGGACAAAAGUUGGGUAGGAAUGUUGUAGAACUAUAGCGUAGAAUAUAACGUGAAGCAUAUUGAUGAUGAGCGUAUAUAGUGUUCCCAAUGGUCUCCAGGAAAGACCGAUUCCAGAUGUGUUUAGUACUGAUUUUGUUUACAACAUUUGGUAAAGCAUUGCUUUUUGGCCUUCAUUAAAAGGCAUUUGGUUAGGGCUCGAGAGCAUGCGACGAUAGUAGAAAAAUUAAAAUUAUCAACUGAAUAAGCAGUUCUUUUGUAUGGAAGUAGUAGUACAUAGCAAAUGAAGAUGACAAAUAUAGUAACCAAUAGGUACGGGAAACAAGAACUCAUAUGUUCUUGAUGUGUAUGAAAAAUAUAAUAAGUACAUCUCAUUUAUCAAGAACCUUUUAAACUAACGAGUCCUAUUUUUACCUUUGAGUGUUACCUUCCAACGAAACUCCUUACAGUCCAAUGAUUCGCAAUGCAUAUGCUGCAGCUUUCCGUGGUAAAUAUUUAAACAUUGUUUGGGUAACAUUUGAUUUCUCUAAACAAGUCGGGCCAUUUGAGUAUUGCGUUAUUUAAGAAAAGUUCUUAGCCACACACAACUUCCGCAAAAGUAAGAAAUUGAAAAUAACGCGCAUUGUUGAGUGUUACCAGAAUCCGAGUACCUUCCGGUUAUUCUUGACAUUGUAGGAAAGGUUUAGAACUAAACGGUGUGAAAAUAUAUUUAUUAUUUGAAUAAAAUAUAUGUUUGUACA